AAUUAAUUAUAAACAAUUUCAAGAAAAAAAACUUUAAUUUUCAGAAUCAUGAAUUUGAAUAAAUAUUCUUCAGAAACGACUAAUUCAAUUUUAGACCAAAAUAUAAAAACCAAACAAGCCAAUGAAAAAAAUUAGAGUAUAAUACAUGCUAGUUAGAUUUAGUGCGAUGCUUCUAAUUAUGUUUAAAAUGGAACUGAGUUGCAAAUUUUAGAAAAUUGUGGAUAAAUCUAUUAAAACAGCUAGCGACACAUUCAAAUGACAAGCAAAAUCAGAAUGAUUUCUCAAAACUCUCUAAAUCUUCAAAAUCUAAAUGAAAAUUUUAGCGACCUUAAAGUAAAAAAUUAGGAUAACAACAGCUCUUCUUUAAAAAGAAGAAACGCUAAAGUGUCAUCUUCGAUGCAUUCAAUUCAUUUAAACAACAGGGCAUAUUAGGAAACUAAAAAAAAUUCAAAUUUUUAGUAGAACAAACAGCUACAUAACAAAGGGUCAUAUCAUGCUAAUUCAACGUCAGGAGCUUUGAAUUUAGAUUUAAAGCUAUUACAAAGAAUAAAAAAGCAGAUUUUUUACUUUCAUCAACUCUUUACAAACAGUGGUAGGAGAGCAUUUUUUGAGCUGAAAAGCAUUAGAAAGCAUAUAAAAGAUAAAAGUGAUAUUUAUGAAGACAAAAGCAAUAAGUUUGUUCACCUUUUUUAUAAAAUAAGGGAGUAUUUAUUAGUAAUAUAAUCGUUAACGAAGAUAUUUUCGUUUGUGCCUCUAAUUAACCCAGAUGGGAUCUUUCAUUUCUUCGUAUCAUUCUUCUUCUGUUUUUACAAUACGAUGUUCUUUAUCAUUUACACUCUUUUUGGAGUUUUUUAAGCUCCUCAAAAUAUAUGCUCUGUUUAUGAGGUAAUUACAGCUAUCAUUUGGAUGUUAGAAAUUAUAAUUAAACUUAACACAAGUAUUUACGUCAAUAGAUUAAAUAUUACAAGUAAUAGAAAAUUGAUAUUAGUAAAUUACAUCAAAAAGAGGUUUCUAUUUGAUGUAAUACCUCUUUUACUUAUUACUGCUAUUAUUCAGAAUUAAUAAGAGGAGAAAUAUGUGUUUUUGAAGAUUUUCGUCUUACUUAAAUAUAAAAAUAUAUUUGUAGAUUUUGAUUAGAUAUAAAAAUAUUUUGUUAUGACUUUCUAAAGGUAUUACAUUAUCCAAUUAGUUAACCUUGUUGUUAAGCUUUUUCUCAUUGGCCAUAUAAUAGCAUGUUUUUAUUACAUAAUUGGAACCAUAGAGCUUGAGUACUUAGGAGAGGAAAAAACUUGGUAUGGUGAUUCUAGAGCUGAUUAGAUUUGGUGGAAGCUUUAUUUAAAAGCAUUGUAUUGGGCACUAACCUUAAUGACAACAGGCUCCAGCGAAGCAGAUACACCGCUGCAGCAUUUUUACAUCUCAUUUAUAAUGUUGUCAAUAUUUUUAAUUUUUGCAUAUUUAUUGAAUGUCAUAGGAGUUAUUUUAGAAGAAUUAGAUACAAAAGAUUUGAACAAAAGAAAAGACCUUAACAUCAUAAAUGAAUUCAUGAGAUAGAAAAAAAUAUCAAACAAUCUACAAAAAAAAGUGAAUAAUGAUAUUGAAUAUUAUUAUGAAAAUAAUUAAAAAAAAUUUGAAGAAGAUACUGGAUAAGUUUUGAGCAAAAUAUCAAAAUAAUUGAAUGAUUAGUUAUAAGAAGAAUACAAUAAGUAAAUCCUCUCUCAUAUUCCAAUACUAAAGAAUAAUUUCUCAUAAGAAGCACUUGCUGGGAUCCAUCAUUCUUUUGAAGAAACUUUUUAUUUCCCUAACUAGAUGGUCCACCUUCAGCAAAAUGAUGUUUCUUAAGAUAACUCUCUCAUUUUUAUAGUCUAAGGAAAACUGGAGAUUACAAAAUCAAGAGACUAGUUUUAAGAAGAAAAGUAGACUAAAAUUUUUAGUUCUAAGAAAAAUGGUGUUGUUGGAGCUUAUCACUUUUUUACAGGUUUAAAUAGGGAUUAUAAUAUUAAAUCUUUGGAUUUUACAAAAAUCAUCAAAAUAAAAAGGGAAAGUUUCAUUAACUCUCUUUCAAAGUUUGAAAAAGACUUUUAAAUAUUCUGUCAAAUUAAAGAUCACUUGAUUAAUGAUGCUAAUUUUUAGGAUAUAAACUAUACUUGUUUGUUCUGUAAUUAAAAGACACACUUGGAAACUCAAUGUCCAUUUGUUUUCUUUAAUAAAUAACACUGUUCGUUAAAGUAAAUUUUUACUAAGAGUAAAAAUUAAGAGAGAAAGAAAGUGAAUAGAAGAUUUUUAACUAUGAACUCAAGAUCUAACAAUGCUCAUAUACGUGAUUCUCUUAUAGCUUUCAUUUAAGAUUGCUCAUUUGAGUAAGAAUAAGAAGAUUAAUAGGAUAUUGAAAACUUGUGUACAUACAAUUUUUCCUUAGAAUCUUCUUUAAAUUUAGCAUAAAAUGAGAACAAUUAAAUUUAUGCAAAUGAAAUGCAGGAAGGAGAAGAUAUAAAUAAAAUUUAGAGUAUUACAUUUGACUAAAUAAACGAAGAAGAAUAAAAAAACAAAAGGAGUUAGAAAGAAAUGAAUAAAAAAAAACUAAAAAGCAGUAUAUUCUUCAAGCGAGAAACAACAAAAAUGGAUCAACUGAAUAGCUCACCUUAAAUUAUGAGUAUGAAUGGACGAUAAAAAUAUUUUGCUGAAACAUAGAAAUAAAGUUAAAAUGCAUUAAAUGCCUUAAACUGUAGUGAAAAAACAAAUGGAGAAUCUUAGAGAAUUCCUAAUAUCUAGGUUACACCUAAGAAAGUGGUUAUUUAGAAUUCUUAGUUUAUUUAUGAUGAAGAUGAUAAUGGGUCUUUGUUUGAAACUGAAAAGAAGAAUGAUAUGAGAAGAAGUAAAAAAAAUGAAACACAAGUUAAAAAUGAAAAUGGAAAUGAAUUAAAAUUUUAAUUAACUGGAAAAUUAAUAAAUUUUAAGUCUAACAAAAUUUUAGAACCAGCUGAAGAAAACUUUUAAUGGUAUUUGGAUAAAUAAUAAGAUUACAAAUACUACUAUCCAAACGGGAACUUAAAAUAAGCUUUAAAUAAACAUUUCAAAUAUGUCAAAUAAAAACUAAAAAAACUCCUCAAAAAGUCAAAAAAAAAAUGAAUUUAUUUAAAUUACAAAAAUAAAUUCAGAAUUUGAAUUCAACGUUUUUCUUUGACAUUUAGCAUUCAACAUUUCUCGAAAAACAAAUAAAAAUACAAAAGUGAAA